CCUUGAUAAUCAUCAAAACGUAAAUACUCGUUUGUUGUUUCGUUUGUGCAAUUAAAGACAGUGUUUAAACUGUUAUUAAUGUUCGUUAUAAUAUUAUAGUUUGAUGAUUACACUUUUCAACGUUUGUGAACAUAUUUCAAGUUGAAUAUGGAUAAACUGACGUUAAUAUCAGGCACUUUGUUCAUGGCUGCUGAUGUUUUUGCCAUAGUUAGCCUAGCUAUGCCUGACUGGAUUAUCACUGAUGUUGGAGGUGACACAAGAUUAGGCCUGAUGUGGACAUGCAUGACGUUAUACAACCGACCCCAAAUCUGUUUCACACCCGAUCUCCAGCCUGAGUGGCUGUUGGCUUUGGUCUGCAUCUUUGUUGGCUGUAUUUGCAUCACAACAACCAUAAUUCUAUUAGCUUCUUCACACUGGGAUAGGAAUGUCAUCCCCUAUGCUCGCUGGGUCGGAUUUACUGCAAUGGUGCUGUUCUGCCUGGCCGCAGUGAUAUUCCCCAUGGGUUUCCAUGUAGAUGAGAUUGGUGGUCAGCCGUAUCAACUGCCCAACAGUCACCAAGUUGGAGUCUCCUACAUCCUGUUUGUUUUGUCCCUCUGGAUCACAGUUAUCUCGGAACUGUUCGCUGGGAAAGUUUGCUUACCUCAUUUCUAAGCACUCUGUAAGGUUAUGGGAUGAACACAUUGUAAAUAUUUACUAAGAUCUGUGAACAAGAUUAGGGUUAAAGGUGCUGAAGUGGUGUAAUAUAUAAGAUACUGGCAUUAACCUUAUCUUUAGAUUUGGAUUUUUAUUUGUACUUAGUAGGCAAUGGAUAGCUGAUAGGUUACCAAUCGAAACAAAAAGCACAACAACAUAACAAAUCAAAAGGCCUCAAAUCCAAUUCUGUUUGAGAUAAGGCAUUAGCUUUUGUAUGGUUAGCAAGUGAGCCAUCUGUCCUUAAUUGGGCGUUUGGUAUUUGCUAAAGAAAUAUCUGAUUACACUGGGCUGAUGUAGUAUUUUAAAGUAUCUGAAUGCAUGUUAUGAAUGGAGUGAGAUCUAUUAGUUUGGUAGUAUUACUGCCCUAAAUUAGCUUUUAUUUUAGCUAGGAUCAUUUAAUAAAAGCCCACGGAACAAAGAACAAAACCAAACUAAAAUAGUACAAAUUUAACCUUGAACCUUCUAAAAGUGUCAUACAGUAGUUGUUAUCCAUAUAUAAUUCUUUUAAACUAAACCUAGAGAUGGCCUAUGACUGGAGCAGUCUUAGGCUGGUUUUAUGCAUGGUUAGGCCCCGGGUGCGAUACGAGCGGCGAGCGGCAUGAGCAGCGCCGCUCUGACAUCGGGUCUCAUUUAGUUGCGUGUAAAUUUGUUGAGGGUGGCCACGAUACGUCUGAGCGGCGAGCGGCACCGCUCAGCGCCGCUCAUGGUUCCAAGUCAAAACCGAUUUUCGCAAAAACUCCGCUCGCCGCUCAGGUGAGUCAUGCUUCAGCUCGGCCUAAAAUGACAGGGAAACAUCAGCAAACGUGCGAUACGGGUCGAUACGUGGGGUGCAGUCCAGGGAAUGUUUGUGGAAUGACCAGCACGGAAGUUUUAAAACACUUCAGUCACCAGAAAAGUAUGGGAAAAAAUUAGGGUUAAGGUUUUUCUAAAAACUAAGUUUUUCUUUAAAGGCAAACAAUUGUCAGAUAGCAACAAAAGUUGCAAUACGUCUUGCAGGUAAGCAUAGUUUACCAUUUUAUACUAAACUAACUCAUAAAACUUGGGAAACUUGAUGAGCGUUAUAAAUGUGCCGCUUGUAUCGUAGCCACCACCGCCGCUCACGUGCCGCUCAGGUUGCCGCUCGCCGCUUGCCGCUCACCGCUCGCCGCUCGUAUCGUACCCGAGGCCUUACAGUGGCUGGACAUUUCAAGUUCUGUUGAGUGAAAAGGCAUUUAUGGCGGCAGGAAAAAUGUCACAAAUGUAACGUUGCAUUCUCUAAACACUGACAGCAGAUUUUGGAAACGCCUCUGCCAAAAGUUUAGCUUGUUCCUUAAUAUUUUGAAUCAAACUGGUGUGUUUGUGCACAGCGGCAGUCAUAUUUUCCAUACUCUAUGUAGUAUUUUCUCCAUUUUGUUUUUCACUGUAGUUAAUUA